CUCGUACCGAGAGCUUCACUCUGGAGGAGGAAAGUGAGAGCGGAGGGUUGGUCAACGUGGCAUCAAGGGACCCCCCAACCCCCCUGUAUUUACCAACAACAGGCGUCUGUUUCCCAACACUGUACCGUCCUGGCGCACGGACCCGCUCUGAAUAAAAACUCCCCUCUACCUCGAAAAAUAAAUGCCAAGAGAAACACAAGAGCCAACCGAUAAGGACCGCUGCUUGGAAGAAGUGGAGCGAAAGAGUCGGACAAACACGUAGAGAGAAAAAACUAACAAAAGCGCACGGAUCGUCGCCGUUGCCUUUCUCAAUGCAUACCCUUUGUGCCCGGGGAACGAUGAAACCAGAGAUCAACGCCGCCGUCGGAUUUCUGUCGAGAUUUCUGCGGGUAAAAGGACACGUAAACGAUCGACAGGUCCAAACAUUCAGCCAAAGCUUACAGGACAUUUUGGCAGAACAAUAUAAGCACCACUGGUUCCCAGACAGGCCCUGCAAGGGUUCAGGUUACCGAUGCAUCCGCAUCAACCACAAGAUGGACCCACUGGUAGGGCAGGCAGGCCAGCGCAUCGGCCUGACCAUCCAGCAACUCUACCUGCUGCUGCCUAGUGAGCUCACGCUCUGGGUGGACCCCUUCGAGGUGUCCUACCGCAUCGGCGAGGACGGCUCCAUCUGCGUCCUGUACGAGUCGCAGCCCUGCUCUGUAGGAAUGCCGGCAAUAGCCACCGCCAGCUCCCCCUCAGGAACCAGCGGGGCGGUGAGCCCCAUGGUGGACAGUCACAUCAGCUGCAAGGAGGAACUGAUGGUGCUGGGCAGAACCAGUCCCUCCAAAGCCUACAAUAUGAUGACUGUGUCCAGUUAAAGGGGCACGCCGUCACCCCGGCCUACUUUUGUUCAGGGUCACGCCGUGGCUGGUCAGAUCACGUGGCCAGAUCAGGGUGAGCCUUUUUAAAGCUAAGAAUAUGAAAUGAAAUAGUGAAAGAAGAAAAAAGAAAAAAAAAAACACAGAGGAUGUGGCCUAUCGUCCAGGUGAUGGAAACCUUGUAGGUUUGAUAUUUUUUACCCUCUCCCCCCACUUACAUCUGUUCUGUUGUGUCAUUGGAUCAGCUGGGCACUCCGUUUUUUUAGGAGAGGCUUUGUGGAAAUGGAACUGUUGGGGCAGCUAAACCAACCAACCAGGAACCCCCGUGGAGACUGGCUCCGCCUACCUACCCCUCAACUGUAAACAACAUGGUGAUCAGCUCCAUCUUUGAGGGGCUAUCAUUGACUUUGCACUUUCUUACUUGUGGUUACUAUGGGUACAUGUUCAACACACCAACCUAAAUUGUAAGGAUUUUUUUAUCAGGAGCUACCCCCUUGAAUUUCAGAAGUUGUUCAGUUUGUUUUGUUUCCUGGGCGGGGAGGAAGUUGAUGUUCAGACUGAGCCUUUCCCACUCCAAGCUCAAGGUAAAAAAACAUCCAAUGAGAGCAUCUCUAUUUUCUAUAACACCCCCCUUUUUGGACCACAGGGAGUUUUCCUUAUCUUGUAGCUGGAACAAAAAAGGCUCUCAACUUCCUCCCCCUUCUACCAUCAACACCGAGCCUCAGAAAACCUUCAUCUCAAUGGCCUGUAUGUAAGUGCAAGUGGAAUGUGUUGUGACACCUGUGGAUACCAGCGUGUCCUGUUGCACUGUCGCCCCUCCCAUCACCCAUGUAUGUGUAGCUUUGCGGGGGGAGGCCCAGGGGACACCUCCUGCCUCCCCCUUUUAAUGAAUGUUGUUGAAAAUCACAAUCAAGUUCCUGUGUUGUUAAUUUUGCCCCCUUUUCCCUCCCACCACUUUGUCGUCUCCUGCAUCACCAAAAUUCAAAGUGUAGCAAAAAGGGGGGGCCUAUUUUACCCAAAAUUUUUGGUCUUUGGUGGCCCUGUUAGACAUUGAAUGCACUUUGACGUGAGAUUGUGUGGGAUGUUUUUGUUUAGAAAAAAUCGCCUGCAUUCCAUCCAUUCGAAUGUCAUCUUUUCACGCCGUUUUUAUUGCCCUCUUCUAGCCGUUUUGUUCAUACUGUAGCUCCCACGACGGGAUAGACUUGUGUCUAUGAAAUCGGGAGUGUGCAACUCUGGAUUUUUUUUUCUAACACUGUAUAUGUGAACAUUUCAGAGCUGUUGAUUUUAGGCAGAGAGUAUUUUUGGUGGUAUGUUAGAAACAUUCUGUCAUCCGUUCAUAUGGCACUGUUCGCUCUGGCAGGAUGCAGAGCUAAGCUGUCCCCCCCCCCCCCCCCCAACACACACAGAUGGUGAUUUGUGUUGCUGAUAGAAAAAAAAAAAGAAAAAAAAGUUAAAGGUCUGGACUAAGUGAUGACUGUGUGAGACUUUGGCCAAAGGGAGGUCUGGAGCACCGACUGUUCAGAGAUUAAUUUUUAACUUGAAUUAAAAAAAACAAAAAAACAACAAAACAACACUAGGCCUUGUCAGCCUUCUAUUUUCAUUUCCAAGGUCUUUUCAAAAGGAGACUUAUGUGUGCAUUGGAGGUGCAUUGCCUUACGAAGACCUCAUUGUCAUGAAGCCAUUCGUGGUUUUUAAUAUCAGGCUUAUUAUGUGAGCCAGCCUGGUUCAUGUGCUGCCCGGACCCUCGUUGAGGUGUCCAUAUUCCAGCCUGGCAGCUUCAAAAUCCUCAGUGCCUCAAGUGCCACAUAUCACCCCUCAGCUCAGACCUCCUGUUCAGCCAAGCCAGCAUGCUGCUAGCUGACCCCCUGUGGAUGCAGGUAGACUUAAUGUGACACAUAUCAUCAUCCAUCACCGUGGGGAGCUGGGGAAAGGACGGCGGGGAUGCGGAGCUGGUGUGAGAGAGGCAGGGGCCAGGGCCGGACACUUUUUGUCCAGGGCAGCUAAAAUCCCUCCAGCCCCCGCCUCUGGACUUAUUCAACAUCCCCCCAACCAAGUCCUCGACCCAUCCUCAGCGGUGAUGGAUAAAAACAAACCAGCACACGCGCUUUGCGUGCUCAAGCUGCACUAGGGGGGCUAGUGAGAGAUGCAGAAACAUGGAUCAAAGAUGAAGAAUUGAGGGUACUAGGCCAUUGUUUUCAUCUCACUGGAAUGUGCUGCACUUGAUUACUGAGUUUGAGUAGCAACUUUGUUUACAUAUGAAAGGGUGUGAUGGUCUGUCUGACGUACCCCAACUUCACUCCUGGUUGUGGUUGAACGGCAAGCUGGAGCAGAUGCCGGGUUGGCUUCGGGCGUCGUUAGCCGCUGGCCAAAUCUGUCACGGCAGGCUGGUUCGCCGCUCGUCACCAGACCUAUGGGUGUUUAAGCUCCCCUAAGCCUGAGAGGAUCAUGGGUAAUAGAGCUAUAGCCUUUGACGCACUGCAACUCCCCCCUAACCCCUCUUCCCCCCCGCUCUCUGCUGAUACUCCCUCCAGCAUUCUGUGAAAAGCAGUGAUUCCAUGUCGGCCAGAUGGAGAGGAGCACGCUGGGAUGGGAGCCCAGCUUUCAUGGUGGACACCCAUUUUUUUUUUAAAUCAAGCUGCUCCAUUAUAGCUUUUUAUGUCGUGUGACUUACGAGAUUGGUCUAUAUUUCGGACGCGAGAUGAUUUUCUCGUCUCACUUUUCUCUCCAUGUAUUUUACAGUCACACUGGUAGAUUUUCUCAUCUUUCCACUCUGCCAUCCCCGAAUUUCCCCCCUUCAUCCUCUUUUUAAGAUGAUUUUUAGUCUGGUGAUCUAACCUACUUGUAACAGAUUUUUGUUAGAGCCACAAAAAUGUCAAAAAAUCCCCUUCUCAACUGUACUACCACCACCCAAAAUGGUUUAAGUCCUCAGUAUAUUUAAAUGGCAUCCAUUCAGCUUGAGCGCACAUAGGUUACAGAAUUGUCUUGAGAGUGCUUUUGAGUCGCCAAGAGGUAAAAAUAGCACAUAAAAUGCACUAAAUAUGUCAAGUUGAAGUUGUGUGACAUUUUUUUCGAGACACGAGGAGUCUCUCCUGGAAUGUAUUGCCAAACUCAGGCCUCGGACAUUCAAUAAAUACCCGUAUGGAGAAGUUGUGCAUGUUAAGACAUGAAACAGGAAGGGAACAGCGGUUUCGUUGUUGUUGUCGUCGUCAAAAUUGUCAUCGAUGAGUUGAAUUAUUGCCACUUUCACAUUUGAGGUGUUUUACAUUAUUGUAGAAUGUAUUGUAACUGUACAACAUAUGGUAGAGUACAUAACAUUACACAUGGGAAGUGCCAAUAAUUGCUAUCCUGAGGUGUUUUUAGAUUUAUUCCUUUUUGUAUUUCAUCUUUUAACAUGGAUAACGCUUUUCGUAAGUGAAGCCAUUUGUGAUGGGAGUGUUGGCAAGGACCAAAGUUGUUUUGGUAAAAAAAAAAUUAGUUUCCAUGAUCUGUAAGUGUAGACGUAUCCUUUUGUUUUUUUUUUCUUUUCAGUUUUUUCCUUUUUUUUUCUAUUUACGUACAAAACCAGAAAAUAGACAAAAAAAUCUGAGCUUACCCAAGAAGAAAAGCUGUCUAUCUUGUGAUCUCAUGUCAGUACAUCUUUAUCGUGUUCAGUUUCUUUUCCUUGGGUAUGUUGUGAUGAACUGCUGUAAAUUUGUACAGUUCAUGUAAAUUGAUUGUGCGGAAGUUGUACAGAUUUCUAUAUUUUGGAAGAAAAGUUUUUUUUUCUCUGUAAUAAAAGAUUUCCUAUCUUGGCAUCAUA